GAGAACACGAGGAGAACAUAUUUGCUCACCAUUGGAUAUAUGGUUAUUCAUAUAAUGUCCAACGAUUUGCUCAUUUUAUUGUAUCAUUACUUCACUUAAUAUUAUUGGAUUUACUGGUAUUUGGAUUUAUUGUUUUCACUUGGCCUCCUCUUUCUUCUGAUAAAUCCUCUCUUUUGUUUGUAUUUUUACUUCUCUACAACAUGUUAUUGAUCGUUUAUGCCAUGAUCCUGGCUGCAUUUAUCUCAAAUGCAAAAACCGCUGUAUGGUGUGGAGCCACCUUAUGGAUCACUUCAUAUGCAAUAUUUUCGGAACUACUAAAUAUCACUAAUUUUGCUAUUCUCAAACCCAAAAUUAUAAUCAUUUCUUUAGUAUUUUUCAACAAUAUAUUGCCAAAUGGUUUAAAAGACUAUUUCCAAAGAGAUGGAAACAAAACUCUAAAAGAAAUAAUGGAAUUGUUGACUAUAGAAUUAAUGAUACUCCUAUUCCUUGGCUGUUUAUUAAAAUGUGUGGAUUUUUAUUGGCCCGGACGUUAUAUUACAAAAAUUAGUAGAAUACAAAAUAAAAAACUAAGGAAAAAGAAUUACAUGGAAUUGAAAACCAAUUUAUAUGAAAAUAAUAUGGAAUAUGGUCCUUUAAAAGCUGAAGUGCUAGAGUUAAAAAAUGUCAGUACCUUUUCUGAUCAGCUUAAGAAUAAGCCUCUAUUGAGAAACAUUUCCAUGAGAUUUUUUAAAAAUGAAAUUUCUGUGAUAUUGGGUCCUCACGGUAGCGGCAAAACUACAUUAAUUAGUAUCUUGCCGGGUUGGCAAACUUAUGAGGGCAAAAUAUUGUAUCAAGGUCAUGAUAUAACAAAGAAAUGGUCCUAUUACAGAAACUAUAUUGAUGUUUCAAUGCCCAACAACUCUUUAAUUGAUAUGCUAACGAUACGGGAAACUCUUAAAUAUUUUAUUUCACUUAAACAAAGCCAAGAAAAUCAAAUUCUAACAGAAUCAGAACUAAAUAAAUGGCUUAACAUUGUAAAGCCUCGUAUAAACGACUGCCAGAAACUUGUUAAAACCUUAAGUUUUGGAGAAAGACGUUUAUUAACCUUGUGCUGUACCUUGUUGUGUAAUACCUCCCUGGUUUUGUUGGAUGAACCCACUCUACACAUGAAAGCUGAGGAUCAGUUUCGUUAUUGGGACAUUUUGAAAAAAGAAAAACAAAAUCGUGCCAUUAUUGUCGCGACAUGUUCAAUAGAUGAAGCUGCAGAAAUUGGCGAUCGUAUUGGAAUUCUUAAUGAAGGUGACCUAACCGCUUGGGGCACAACGUAUUAUUUGAGAACAAAAUUUGGUGUGGGAUUUUUUUUGGUAUGUUUCAUACAACCAAUGAAACCCAUCAAACCCAUUACCCAACUAUUAGAAAAAUAUAUAACCAAUAUCAAAAUUCACAAUCACUUUAUUGAUCGUGUGAUUUAUCUAAUACCGGCUGAUAAAAAACCCAUCUUCCAGCGUCUGUUAAUCGAAUUGGAAAAAGAUUUUAGCAAAUUCGGCAUCACCAAUAUCUACCUGACUGGCAGUAGUCUAAAUGAUGUCUAUAUGGCAAUGACCCUGAAACAGGAAGCAAAACCUCUCUUACCCGAUGUUAAACAGAACUUAAAAUUUUUACACGAAAAGAAAUCAAAACUGAAAAAUUGUUUUAAAAAAGCUUUUCUUUAUAAGAGAUUAUCCCAGCAAGCUAAAAACUCCCUGCCAGUUUUUAUAAUUUGUUUGGCUUGUUUUUUGAUACUGGCUUUUGAUCAAAUGUCUCUGUCAAGUUUGAAUGUUCAUAGUAUAACAUUCUCGGGAGAAGGAGUAUCGAAAGAUUCGUUCUCUUCUUAUAUGGAAAUUUUGAAUGUAAACGAUAUUACAAAUGGUUUAUUUUCCUAUAGCAAAGUGGAAUAUGGUAACGAUUCUUAUGAGCAUAAAUUUUCAAGAAAUUAUAAUAGUUUGGCUGCUAUUGAGUUUAAAAAACCUCAAAGAUCGGUAUGGAUGAAUGAAGACAUAUUUCAUUCAGCUCCCCUGGCGCUUAAUUUGGGUUUUAGUUAUUUACUAAAUGAUAGCAUCUACAUUAAUAAACCAAUAAACCUACAAACGGAUCAUGAUCUCCACAUUAUAUUGGGUACAAUUAUGCCCUUAACCAUGUCAAUAGUUUUUGUGAUUCUCCAAGAAGAACGUUUCUCAAAUAUGUUGGCAUUGCAAAGAAUUGCAGGUCUCAAUGAUAGAAUGAAAUGGUUGCUGACAUUUAUAUGGGACUAUUCAGUCUUUUUACUAGUCUCAGCUUUGUAUAUUAUAAUCAUAAUUACAUGUGUUAUAGAUAAUGUAAGAUGGCAAAUUGUUAUAGCUGCCUUCUUAUUAUUUUUUCUCUGCGGCAUUCCGUGCAUAUUAUUUGUUUAUCUGAUGUCCUUGUUUAUAGCUGAGGAUAAUAAAUCGAGAGCCUUUAUCAACAUCUUUUUGAUACAAAUGUUUUUAGGUCUUUUUCCUUAUAUUUUAUACAACAAUAUAUUGCAAGAUUAUUUUGAAUUUUUAUUUUAUAUAUUCAUGAUUUCGCCGGGCUUUAGUGUCUUACAUGGCACAACCAAAAUCUUUAAUAACAAUGAAAGGCUUGAUUUAGCUUUAUAUUUCCAAUGGAAUAAACCAGGCAUUUUGGACUCGAUAUGCUAUAUUUUAUUAAUAUCGAUCAUAUAUUUUACGAUAUUUGUAGCGGUUAUUGUUUAUCGUAGACAUUAUCUACAGUCUACGCCUAAAAAAGUCAAACAAUUGGCUUCCGUUUGCUAUCCAUAUGAUGAUGAACGUGUGGUUAAAGAAAAGGUGCGUAUAUCGAAUAUGAAUAUAAAAGCAUGCAGGGCCCAGGCUAUUUUGGUGGAUCAAUUGGAGAGUAAAUUGCCUAAAACAGGGAAUCGCGUUAAUGCUAUAUCGUUUGCCUUAAACAAAUAUUCCUGUUUGGGCAUAUACGGUUGCAGUCACUCAGGAAAAUCUCAUUUACUCCAACAACUAAUAGGCGAAAAAGGUUAUUGGUUUGGUGAAGUUUACAUAGCGGGCUUUAAUUGUAAAAAACAAUUGGAAAAGGCCAUGAAACACAUUGGCUAUUGUCCACAAAAUAAAGGCUUUAAUAAACUUCUAACACCACGUGAACUGCUAACCUAUUUCUUAAUGAUAAACGGCGUAAACGAAUCAAAACGUUUUGACCAUAUACGUGAUCUUAGUGUUACGCUACAACUACGCAACUAUAUGAACUCUAGAAUAGGAGAUUUACCCGAAAAUAUUCAACGUAGAAUAAAUGUGGCCGUUGCCUUAGUUGCUCACAAAGAAAUUUUAAUACUUGAUGAACCCACUAAAGGUUUACCGGCUUUUGAUCGUCAUUUAAUAUGGAAUAUCUUAAAAUAUUAUCGCAGUUUGGGCAAUACAAUUAUUUUUACCACAAAUGAAUCGUUGGAAUUGAAAGAAUUGUCUGAUGUGAGCAUUGCGGUAAAUGAUGGUGAAAUGUUGGUCUUUGAUAGUUCUCAUAAUAUGGAGUAUCAAUAUAAUGUGGGUUUUUAUUUGGAGAUAAAACUGUAUGCGGAUGGUUUGACAUUGGAGGAAGUGGAAGAGAAUUUAAAUAAUGAUGUGGAAAAUCUGAAUCGUUUUGUAAUGUUCUUUCAUGAGGAAUCGGAAUUGUUAUACCGCUGUGGCAGUGUAGUCAAAUACUAUAUACCCGUUGAAAAUGUCAUUUAUUCGUUUAUCUUUGGAAGUAUAGAAAAACAUCGUCAUCGUCUAAAUAUAGCCGACUACACGUUGUCACCAUUUUCCUUGAACAAUGUAUUGAGGUUAUUGCAAAAAUCACGCAAAGAAAAAAGACGUCAUGAGAGAUCACGAAUGAGCGUAUUAAAAGAUGCAAAAACUUUACCAAGAAGAGAUUAAGAAAGAGGAAA